GCCCCGCCCCGCCGCGCCCCUUGGUGCCGGCGCGGGCGCGGGGCCGGAGCAGAGGCUGCGAGGCCGGCGGGGCGAUCACACCCCGCGCCCGCCGGGCAUGGAGAGCGCCGAGGCGGCCGCCUGCGGCUGCAGCAGCCCCGCGCAGCCCCCCUGCUCCUCCUGCGGCUCCGCGGCGGCCGGCGGCGGCGAGGCAGCGGCAGCAGCAGCAGCAGCCACAGCAGCAGCCACAGCCAUGGAGGAGCCGCUCGGAGAGGCUCCGUCCCCGGGGGUGACGGCGGCGACAGCGAGGAAGCAGCAGGGGGUGAAGCGGCAUCACCACAAGCACAACUUGAAGCAUCGCUACGAGCUGCAGGAGACCUUGGGCAAAGGCACUUAUGGCAAAGUCAAGCGGGCCAUCGAGAGGUUUUCUGGCAGAGUGGUUGCAAUAAAAUCCAUUCGUAAGGACAAAAUUAAGGAUGAACAAGAUAUGGUUCACAUCAGACGGGAGAUUGAGAUCAUGUCAUCCCUCAGCCACCCUCAUAUCAUCACCAUAUAUGAAGUGUUUGAAAAUAAAGAUAAGAUUGUGAUCAUCAUGGAGUACGCAAGUAAAGGAGAGUUGUAUGAUUACAUCAGUGAGAGGCGGCGAUUGAGUGAAAGAGAGACGAGACACUUCUUUCGACAAAUAGUCUCUGCCGUACAUUACUGCCACAAGAACGGGGUUGUCCACAGGGACCUAAAACUGGAAAACAUCCUUCUUGAUGACAAUUUUAAUAUUAAGAUUGCUGAUUUUGGACUCUCCAACCUUUAUCACAAAGACAAAUUUCUGCAGACCUUUUGUGGAAGCCCACUGUAUGCUUCCCCUGAAAUAGUUAAUGGACGACCUUACAGAGGCCCAGAGGUUGACAGCUGGGCCCUUGGUGUAUUGCUUUACACUCUGGUUUACGGGACGAUGCCCUUUGAUGGCUUCGAUCACAAAAAUCUCAUCAGGCAGAUCAGCAGUGGAGAAUAUCGUGAGCCAACACAGACCUCAGAUGCUCGUGGUCUUAUCAGAUGGAUGCUAAUGGUGAACCCUGAACGCCGAGCAACCAUUGAAGACAUUGCCAACCACUGGUGGGUUAACUGGGGCUACAAGAGCAGUGUUUGUGACUGUGACGCCAUGAGGGACUCAGAGUCCCCAUUGCUGGCAAGGUUCAUUGAUUGGCAUCACCGUUCUACUGGCCUCCAACCAGAGACUGAUACCAAAAUGAAGUGCCUUUCUAAGCCCAAAGGUCCUGAAGUCACACUAGAGAGACAAAGGUCUCUGAAAAAAUCGAAAAAGGAAAACGACAUUGCACAGUCCAUCCAGGAAGGAGGAGCUGAAAAUGCAUCCAAACCCACCUCCAAGAGACCCAAAGGCAUCCUGAAAAAAAGGAGCAACAGUGAACAUCGAUCUCACAGCGCAGGGUUCAUUGAAGGAGUGGUCAGCCCAGUGCUGCCCUCUGCUUUUAAGCUGGAGCAAGAGUUGUGUAGGACUGGUGUAGCCAUUAAAAGUGUUGUGGAGGUAGAGGUAGCAGGCAAAUACGGCACUAAGCAGUCUUCACUAAUGCCAAAAAAAGGAAUCUUAAAGAAGACUCAGCAGAGGGAGUCCGGCUAUUACUCCUCUCCAGAGCGAAGCGAAUCUUCUGAACUUUUGGACAAUAAUGAUGAGACAGUCAACAGUGACACUUCUCCGGGGGUCACAGAGCCAUCCAGAAAUGGGUCUUACAGCCAUUCCUGCAGGCGUAAGGGCAUUUUGAAACACAACAGCAAGUAUUCUACCAGCAGCACUGAGUGUGCUUUGAUUAGCCCUGACACACCGACGCUGGAGGCCAUGGAAGAAGUGGUCCUGCCUGGGGAUGCGUUACCUCGAAGUUACAGUCGCCCUUCCAGCGUGAUUAGUGAUGACAGUAUUUUGUCCAGUGACUCCUUUGAUUUGCUGGAUUUGCAAGAGAACAGGCCAAACAGACAGAGGAUACGGAGCUGUGUCUCUGCUGAAAAUUUCCUGCAGAUCCAAGACUUCGAAGGACUUCAGAACCGCCCACGGCCACAGUAUCUAAAACGUUACCGCAACCGUCUGGGGGACAGCAGUUUUUCUCUUCUCACAGACAUGGAUGAUGUGACUCAGGUCUACAAGAAAGCCCUAGAGAUCUGCAACAAGCUCAACUAGCAGAGGGAAGAUGGAAAGGGAGGGAAGGGAGUUUUUCUGUGUACCUUUAUGAUGGAGUAAGCCAGGUCACUCAUUUGCUGACAACGGUAGGUUUUGCUUGAAAGGACCUGACUGUACCUACUUAGCUGAACUCCUAGUGAAGCAGCCCCAAAGCCAUCUCACACUUCUCUAAGUUUGUGUCCUCAAAAUAUUACCUACCUGGCCAGAGGAAAACCUUUGGUCUUUGAAUAUGGGAUGAAAGCCCAUCAGGAUCUAGCAGACUAAAGCGUCAAGAUUUGAUGGCUUGAAGUCAAAGCUAGACAGAAUUAAAACUGGAAGUGAGGGACACACAUUUUGAGACCUUUGUCAUUAAUAUUAGAUUACCUUUAUCAAGAGAUGAGCUGGAUUCUGCUAGACAAAUUUGGAUGUCUUUUAGAAACAGAGCCUUUAUUUCCCCCUGAAGUUAUUAAUCUGGAUACAGUGAUUGCACGUUGGAAAUCUUUGGUUUGCAUUAUGCAGGAGGCCGGGCUAGGUGGUCACCGUGGUCCAUUCUACCAGGGUGACCUGAGAAGUUCUGAGCACGUUCUGGGACAGAUAAUGUGAGACUCACCCCAGAAUAACCUCACAAGGUGUAUGUGGACAAGUCAUGGAGCAGGCAUUCAGAUCCGGCCCCUCCCAGAGCCGUUGCUCUUCAGUGAGCGGGAGGCCCUAAAAUUGUUUCCAACUACCACGUCUACCAGCAAAAACAGUCACAGAAACUGUAAUGGGAACUGGAAGGAAUGGUUGUUAUCAGCAGCAAAAUGACCUUUUAAGGCAUUUCAACAUGUGUGUUCCAUUUGUGACUCUUUCAAAAGGGCCAUCCAGAUGAAUGCCCAGACAAAGAUGGACCUAGCAAAGGGUCUCAAGGGUUAACUAAACCUCCAAUCUGGAGUUCAGUCACUGUCAGCAAAUGGUGCCACCUCGCUGUUAGCUUGUAGUAUUUGAGGGUGACAGGUAGUUUAUGACCAGAAUGUUAGGUAAAGCAAAGGUUGUAGCAUGUAGGAAACAGAUAGAGGUCAGAAAGUUAGUGGGAAGAUGCCUUUCUCCAAAUGAAAAUGUUUCUAGGUAGGUAGUAAUGGAGCAGAAAGAAUUGAGCAAUGAAAUGAUAAUGGUAGAUUUGAUAACAGAGUUAGCAUAAAAACGCGGGCCUCUCUCUAUGUAGUGUAGCUGGUUCCGCGCGUGCAAUGACACCAGUUCGAAAAAAAUGAGAAGGAUACACAUUUGUGUUCUCAGUUAUAUUUAAACAUCCAGACUGAAAGCUUCAACUCCCAUAAAGGUACCACAUGGGUCUACUGGAUUACCUGAAUGUAAGCCUAUGUCAGAAAGGCACUGUGUGUUUGACAGGCCUGGGCAAACUGGAAUCUUAAGGCCCGUUUCAGCCUCAUUUCCAUGAGCACAUAGCCCCUGGCUUUCUUGGAGGUGCACUGGUGUAAAGAAUUGGCAGGUUUCAGCCUAUGAUGUCAAAAGAUCCACAGCUGCAAAACUUAAGUCCACACACAUGCCCAGAGCAGAGGAGCACGGGGCAAGCUCUCUUCUCACUCGUACCCUGUAACUGGAACUGAAAGUAGAAUUUGGCCUACUGUGUCCAAAAUUGUGGAGGCCAUGUGGAAAGAGAAUAGAGUUCCUCUGGUGAUUCCCGGGGAAUCAGAAAUAAUCCUGUAAAUCGUUGGCAUCUGGGACAGGGAGUUAUUUCACUUGCAGAUUCUUUAUUUGGUGUAUCAUGGUACUUAAGUCUGCAGGUUCCUCCUAAAAAUCAGCUGGGCUGCGAAGCAUAAAGAUGAAUGAGCUUGAAUGUCCUAAAUUUAUCUGCCUCUAUGCAGAACCUUUACUUAUUGUGAAACACUGGACCAAAUUUGGCCCUGGAGUUAAUGGUAUUAAUACUAUGAUAUCUAUGAGAGACGUGUUCUCAGGUGGUCAAGAGAAAUUUGGCUCACUAUCCAUUUGCUCAGGAAGGGCAAUUGCAGGUCAUUUCUCUAGAGAUGUGUACCUCUUUGCAGGAUAUUCAGACAUCCCAGAUUCAAAAAGGCCCUGCAUGUGCUUUUUUUUAGCCUGUCCAAAAUCUACACCCCAUUUUGCAGUGUAUUUAGUUAAAAAGUUUGCUGUGGUGCAUUUUCAAAGAACUCAACAUAAUCCCCAUGGCCUUUCUGAGGCAAAGAUAUGCUUUGCAGCCAUGGCUUUUAACUCGUGCCCCGGUGCAUAAGAGCCAGAUCCUCAGCUGGUGUACAUCAGCGUGGUCCCAUUGACGUGACAGAGCAUCCCGUCAGUGGGGUUAACGUUGAUUGACGCCUUCCCUGCAGAUCCGGUGCUACAUCUUGAAUGGAUUUAUAGAGGUUUUGGGAAGAGGGGAAGGGAACUCAGCCCCCCACAGCAGAGGAGUGAGGGGCACCCCAGAGGCUCGUAUCUCCCGAGGCUUUUGCCCAGGCCUGCUUCCUUGUGUACUAAUGUGAAUGAGUGAGUGACUGCUUGCUGCCAAACUGGAAAUGUUAUGUAGGGAUUUACUGGCAUGUUACUGGCAUGUUACAUGUUUACUGGCAUGUUAUCAUUCCUAGAAGAGAAGAAAAAAAAAGAAACAACAGCAAACUUGACUGCACAUUGUUAUUAUUAGUGUUGUGAUUUUUAUUUAAUUUUUUUGUAAUACAAAGUUGACUUUUUUAUUUGAAUUUGUCCUUUUUUAUUUAUUGGUCUGAAAGCCAUUUCAAAGGUAUAAUAAUAUAUUUGGUGUAAUUUAAUUGGUGCAACAUUAUUUUACAGCUCUGGCCAAAAUUGUCUGGUGUUAUUUUUUGGGGUAUAUUUUUUUUUUCUCCCAAUCUUUGGUUGGUUUGAGCUCUACGAGGCACACAGGGGAAAACGCUGGAUAAUCACCCAAAGUGUUUGUAUUUUUAAUCUGAUACUGUUUUUUUAUUAAAUAAAACAAAAUUAAUGUAA